GCCACCGGAUUCUAAACAGCAGGCGGGCCACAGUAGGCUAUUGACCAACUUCAUAACGAAGGCAAUAAACCUUGGCAAGGUGACUUUCCACAAUAUUUCCUGUAUUAAUUCUGUUACAACAUGGUAACACAGCCAUUGCAAGUAUCCUGUGACAGAGAAGCUCCCAAAAGGUCCACCUUCAUUCUCCUGCGUCCACCUCCCCCUACUUUUACGUGCGGACGCAAUGGUGAGGCGCGUAUAGUUGAAGUAUGCGCGUUCGUGAGAAGAAUCGUCUGACAAGCGGAGCACUUUCAGACGAAUCUUGCAGACGAAUGGUACCGGAAUAAAAACCCUUACAGCGGAAUAAUGCUAUUUCAUACCGUACAAAAACAUCAAAAUCAGGCGAUGAAGGACCUCCAUUGACUGGCUUGCUUAUUACUUCUCUAUAUUAAAGAAUGUGAAACUGUUGCCAUGCCGAUGUCCUCUCUAGAAGUGUUCUCUACGGAAGCUUUCCAACCUGGAAUGUUCACGGAACCCUACUCUGAGAAAUAUGUAAUCACUGUGGGAGAAAAUUUCACUUGGCCAAUCAGCCGAGGCUGCACAUAUAAGGAGGACUUCAAGCGCUACCUUCUUCCUGCAGUCUACAGCGUGGUCUUCCUGAUUGGCCUGCCUCUGAACGGGGUGGUCAUUCUGAGGAUUUGGAGAUCACGACCUUGCCUGACCCGGAGCAAAGUCUACAUGCUCAACCUGGCCAUUGCAGACUUUUUAUAUGUGAUGUCCCUUCCUCUGCUUAUCUUCAACUAUGCCAGCCAUGACUACUGGCCCUUCGGAGAUUUGGCCUGCAAACUGGUCCGGUUCCAAUUCUACAGCAACCUGCACGGCAGUAUCCUCUUUUUGACCUGCAUAAGCUUACAGCGCUAUUUUGGCAUCUGCCACCCAAUGGCCGGCUGGCACAAGCAUGGGGGCCGCAAAUUGGCAUGGGUGGUCUGUGGAGUUGUGUGGCUGGUGGUCGCUGCACUCUGUGCCCCCACCUUACACUACGCCACCACAGGGACACAGCGCAACCGCACUGUGUGUUACGAACUGAGCCGACCGCAGGAUUCUGGAAACUACUACCCUUACGGGAUGGCCCUGACCUGCCUCGGCUUCCUGUUGCCUUUUAUGGGCGUGGUGGUGUGUUACUGCCGUAUGGCCCGCCUCCUCUGCCGUCCUCCAUCCUAUCAAGGUGUUACCAUGGCGUCAUCGAUGGAGAAACGAGACACGGCAGUCAAGAUGAUAGUUGUCGUCGUGACCGUGUUUGCCGUGAGCUUCCUGCCAUUCCAUCUCACUAAGACCAUGUACCUCUUGGUACGGACUUUGCCAGAUGCUCCAUGUGCCACGCGGAACCUGUUCUCGGUUAUCUACAAAUGUACCAGGCCUUUCGCCAGCAUGAACAGUGUCUUAGAUCCUAUUUUGUUCUAUUUCACACAGCCACGGUUCCGCAAGAGCACCAGAAUGCUGGUCAGCAAGAUGUCUAUACUCCGAGACAGGGGAUCCAAAGUGAACCCUUGAUUUACUAGAAUUCGAGCAUGUUUAACUAAAAGCUCUUUCAAUGGUAUAGCAGCUUAAAGACAAAGGAACAAAGAUGCCGGUGAAAUGCCCAUAGAAAAAAAAGAGUGAUCUUGCUCAGAACCAGUUAGAACCAAAAACAGCAACUGUGAACUGGUGGGGAGAAAGAAGAGUGGUCAUGGUUGGGGUUAUGCCAAGGGAAGAGUGGUUGUGGUUGAGGUUAUGCAGAGGGAAGUGUGGUUGCGGUUGGGGUUAUGCCAAGGGCUUGAAUUGCCGACAUGACUUGAAUUAAAAUGAGUUUAAGGUAUUAGCAGCAUUAUAGCAUUAUCAAAUUAAAAAGGAUUACUUUUUUUUUUUUAUCUGGUUCUAUUUCUUUUCUGAACAGUUUGAUUGUUUUCGGUUCCGUUACAACAGGGGUGUCCAAACUAUUCCACGGAGGGCCGAGUGGUUUCGCUGUCACCUUGAUUGACUAACUAGAUUACUAAUUGGUUAGUUUCUACCCUCACCUGGUUGUGUAGGUGUGAACUGGGAACCAAAAACCUGCAGACACUCUGCCCUCCGUGGAGCUGUUUGGACACACCUGCGUUACAAGAACCGGUUCCAAACCCUGGUUUUGGAUACAUAGAACCCAGCGGAAACCUUAUUGUCUUCUGUGCCAGCAUGCCAAUAAGUCAGUUAGUUUGCCACUGUGUGUGCUUUGGACUGUAUGCUAAAUCUCAUGAAGUUAGCAGUUGUGACACUGCAUUUGCUUGAAGGUGUUCUGUAACGUCUGCAUCGAGAAUGCUGCCAGUUGAUUUCUAUAUCAACCACUAGGUGGCACAUAUUGCAUAUGCAACUAUUGUGGCUUAAAUAUGCAUUUUGUUGUAUUUUGAUUGUGAUAUGGUAUUUCUUGCGUGUACCAAACUAGAAUGUGUAACACAAACUUUUAAUGUCUUGAAAAAAUAUUAAAAUUCUCAGUGACAUUUUACUGAAGAUUGAAAUUGAUGCCUUGUGAUCUAAUGCACUUCUCGAUACGAUGUGAAGACCUGUCUUGUUUUACCUUUCAUUCGAAGAGGGGUAAUAUUUUGUUUCAUGAGUUUCUUGCUUAAUGUGUUUUUAUUUUUUUAAACUGUCUUGUAAAUAUCUCUAUAUUAAGAGAAAAAAUGAAGCAUGACCGUAGAUGUUUUACAGCAUCAGCCAAAACUAAACUAAUAAGGUGGAAUUACCGAUCAGCUUUUGUCCUUAAAUAUGUGUAAUCAGGAACAGCUAAUAAUAUUGUUUGAUACCACUAUGGAUGUACAUGGAUGGUUUGUCUCAUAUGUAUGUUAUUGUUUUGUUCAAAAUUUUGUAUGGAAUAUGAUGUGUGUGUUUACAUGUUUUACUUUCCUGGUGGGGAUGAAAUAUCUCUUCCAGGAUUACACCAGUCUGUCUUAGAAGUUAGCUUUGGGCUAAUCUACGCUAAGCCUAGUGAACUUUCUAGUGAAGUUUAGGAAAUCUUUCCCAAUUUCUCUUGGUUAUCAUAGUGAACUUUUCCAUGCUUGAAAAAAGAUGGACAUAUUAACUCCUCAUGGAACUACAGUGUGUACCUCAUCAACGUCAUUCCAAUAAGACGUUCACAGAACAGCAGCAUUUGGAGCAAGCAUCAUAAUUUCUGAACCAAACAAAUGUUUCAGUAGUCCCAAGUAGUGUACAAAAACAUAUUGCUUGAUUGUUGAAAUCAUAACCAUUACAUUCUUGACUUUUAAUUUCAGUACAUCACAGACAUUCGGCCACGCUGGUAAACUAAACUUUUACUAUAGCUUUUAGGUUUACACAUCCAAAGUUAUAUAUUUUCUUCAGUUUUUAAGUAAUACAGACGUUUUCGAAAUAUAGAGGUUUGCAGUCUUCCAAAGAUCUGGAGGUAUGGCCUUGCGAUACUAGGUCGUGGUUAAAAGCACCUAUGGAGUUAAGGGUAAGAGUUUAGUGUUAGCUUUAAGGGUUUAGGUUAGAUUUAUGAUUUAAAUCUAUUUAUAUGACUUUGAAUUGUUUUUUUUUCACAAGGAUAGUAUCUCAUAAAAUCUGUGUGCCUGUAGCUCUUAACUUAAGCUCUUUAUGAAGUUAAGUGUCCACAUUGAUGUCUGCUCCUCUUUUCGAUCAUGUAUGUUUUGGUUUCAUUAGUGUACUUUUUUACAGUAGAUAUAUUUUUAUAACAUAGAGAACUGAUUUAUAUUUUUGUUACACGUUUACACAUUUAAUUAAUCACCUAUGUGAACACGUUUAUUUAUUAGUUGUUUUGUUGUCACAUGACCAUGCAAUUCUAUUCUUCGUCUAUUUCUUAAGUUCUCUGCGUUGCAUUUACAGCUCUGCUUUGUUGUACCUUCAUGCUUUGUACGUUAUUUCCUGCGAAAGAGCAUGUUGACACUAAUAAACUUGCUUCUGCCAGUUGUCAAUAAAUAUGAACCUGUCAACUAAU